CCUCGCCUUUCGCCCACCCGCGGCGCUGCUAAGAUGCACCUUGGGCGCUGCGCGGUUGCAGCUGAGCAGCAAUGACAUAUUCCUCCUCCUCCGACUUGACCAUGGACAGCUUCGACUUGGCUCUCCUGCAGGAAUGGGACCUGGACUCCCUCUGUGUCUAUGACCCUGACAGAAAUAUGCUGCGCAGGAAAGAAUGGGAAAGAAGAAAUCAGGAGACCCAACAUGAAGAUGGCAUAUUUAACACCACUUACUCCCUUUUCAGUGAACCAUACAAGACUAACAAGGGGGAUGAGCUUUCCAAUCGUAUCCAGAAUACGCUGGGCAACUAUGAUGAGAUGAAAGAACUGUUGACUGAUCGAUCCAAUCAAAGCCACCUUGUUGGCGUUCCAAAGCCCUGUAUCUCACAAACAUCUGUGAACAAAGCCGAGGAACACUUUAUUGCUGACACAAAGCCUCCCCUACAUGCUUCCAUUUGCACUUCUCCAUCUUCCUUACCAGUGGCACUUUCUGGACAGCUGAACAAAAAUAGUGCAAUGAGUUGGCAGAAGUCAGGGUACACUUUGGAAAACCAGCAAAGGGGAAGCAAACAUAGGCAUGGAUUGCUAGAUUCACUCAGUAAUGACUUUAAAGCAGCUAACCAAAAGAACAAUUUAGAAAAGAUUAAACAUUAUGCAUGCAGUCCCUCAUCACCAACUUCAUUCAAUGCUGCUCAUGGCCCUUUAUCAUCCUUACUUGGAGACAACAUCAGAGCACAACCUCAGUCAAAGCUGAGUUUUGGUGGAGAAGUUGGAGUCCAGGUUCAGGAAAGGCCAGCUGUGCAUAGCAGUGUGCAGAACUUUCCUCCUUCACUUGCUUCAAAGCCCUGCAUAGUUCAGCAGAAACCAACAGCAUAUGUAAGGCCAAUGGAUGGUCAAGAUCAGGCUCCUGAUGAAUCUCCAAGACUGAAGGUGCCUGCUGAAGCUAGCAUGCUCUGCACCUCAUAUAGACGAAUGCCUUCUGCUAAAAAUGACUCAGCUGGGACCAAGUCAAAACUGACAAAAUUUGAUAUUCCCAAGCAAGAAGAGGGCAAUGAGGCAGGAGAUGACAGCUGCGUUGAAGAAAUUUUACGGGAAAUGACCCAUUCUUGGCCUCCACCACUUUCUGCUAUUCACACACCUGGCAAAGUGGAACAAAACAAGUUUCCUUUCACCAGCAAGGACCCACAGCAUGUCUCCACAGGGCACAGCAAUCAAAGAAAAGGUGAUGUUGAGUCAAAGAAUCCAGAAAACAGCACAUCACAUACAUCAAUGUUAGAAGAUGAUCUCAAGGUGAGCAGUGAUGAAGAGGAAAAUGUCCAGCAGGCAGCACAGAGAUCUGCUCUCCGGGUACUAUCUGACAGCACUGCUGUGCAGCAGUCCAGUUGUAGAAUCUCGGGCAUCUCCAGCAAGUGUUCAAAUAGCAGCAGCUCCAGUGAAUCUGACAGCAGUUCAGAAUCUGACUCGGAGAGUGAAAGCAGUUCUACUGAAAGUGACUGCAACAAGCCCUCUCAUUAUUCCAGCCCAGAGCCUGAACAGCCAUCAUCAAACAAGUGGCAGCUGGAUAAAUGGUUAAAUAAGGUUACUCCUCACAAAGCACCUAUUUUGAACCAAAACGGACUGGAGACCUUUCAGUGUUACAGCAAAGGAAAAGAUGGACAAGAUUGUGAACAUCUACCUGCCAUUUGCCAAACCAACCUCAGAGAUAAAGAGGUUAAGAAUCCCAGCAAAGAGGAGCUGAGGCUGAGGACAGCUAAUAAAGCCCCAGGGCAUAAAGGAGGAAAGCAAAAAUCGCCUCCUUCAGCUCCUGCCAUUUCUGUAGAGAGUGGUCCUCUAAGGAGGACUGUGUGUAAAAAACAGCCAAGAAGGACAGAGAGGACCUCUGGUGGCAAUAUCUUAAAUGGCCAUAUAGCUGAUGAUCUUGACUUGAACCAAGUACUUUUGGAAAAUAAUAGCAUAUGUGAACAACCUAAAACCAGGCCCUGCAACAACAAAGUUGAGCACAGAAAGGAAACACGUGCUGCCUGUGAAAAGAGACGUACAAGGGGGUCAGGUAAAACAGCGCCCAAAUCCAAGGAAUUCAUUGAGACAGAAUCUUCAUCUUCAACUUCCUCAGAGACAGACUGUCAAUCUGAACAAGAGGAAUAUCCUUUACACAAGCCUCAAACUGUGACUUCAGCAUCAGCUGGAAGUGACCAGAAACUGAAGGACUCUGGGAGUAAUAACACCAACAAAGCAAACAGCAGUUGUGGUGCCUUUGGUUCAGUUAACACCAGGACUAGUAACGAUAUAGCAAAGGAACUGGAAGAACAGUUUUACACUCUGGUUCCUUUUGGUCGGAAUGAGCUCCUGUCUCCUCUGAAAGACACAGAUGAAAUAAAAGCACUUUGGGUCAAAAUUGAUUUGACUCUUUUGACCAGAAUACCACACCACUUAGCUGAGGAGCCACUGCUAAUAAACGCUGGAGUUAAAGAAGCAACCACUAUGCAGCAUAUCAUUGUAAAUGAUCUACCAGCAGAAAAGGUCAUCUCAAAAUCUAGAAGGAAACGUAAGUAUGAAAAUGAGGAUGCAAACAGGGAAAGCAAGAAGAUUCACACUCAGCAAGAGUGUUCCUCAUAUUUACUUGCUUCAGCCCAAGUUAUUUCUACACCAAAUAAUUGCAAUGUGAUAAAAAACAGCUUGGCAAUAGCAAUAAAUAAAAAUGAGAAAAUGCUUCGGUUACCCCUCCCUGAUGCAUCAAAGCACAAAUUCUCCAGUGAUGAUUGGACUUCUUCUAGAAAGCCUAAUGGUGGCAGCAACCUAUUAUCUUCCACAUCCUCAGUCAAAAAACACAAGAAUGAGAUCCGAUCCUACCUGCAUCAAGGAGAUUUCAGUAAAGCAAUAUAUAUCAAUUCAGAAAAUUCUCUACUCUGUAGCAAGGAACAGUGCCAAAAAGAGCCCUGGUCACCUGUAUCUUUUAUGCAUAAAGAUUGUAGAAGAACAAAGCUCCUCUUUAAUGAUGAACCACACAACAUGGAAUAUUUUAUGCAAGAAGCUAAAAGGAAGAAGCAUAAAGCAGAUGCAAUGGUGGAGAAAUUUGGCAAGGCAUUGAACUAUGCUGAAGCUGCAUUAUCAUUUAUUGAAUGUGGAAAUGCUAUGGAACAAGGACCCAUGGAAUCGAAAUCUCCCUACACAAUGUAUUCAGAAACAGUUGAACUCAUCAGGUAUGCUGUGAGGCUAAAAACCCACUCAGGCCCUAAUACUAUUGCAGAAGAAAAACAGUUAGCAGCAUUAUGUUAUCGUUGUCUGGCACUUCUGUACUGGAGAAUGUUUCAACUCAAAAGAGACCAUGCUGUAAAAUAUUCAAAAGCACUUAUUGAGUAUUUCAAGAGUUCAUCUAAAGUUGCUCAGGCACCGUCUCCAUGGGGUGCAAUUGGAAAAUAUACAGGAACACCAUCUCCAGUAUCACCUAGCCCAUCUCCUGUGAGUUCCAUAGGGUCCCAGGGAAGCACUAGAGCCCCAUCCCCCUCCUCCAUAAUCAGCAUUCCACAGCGAAUUCAUCAGAUGGCAGCCAAUCAUGUUAGUAUCACCAACAGCAUCUUACACAGUUAUGACUACUGGGACAUGGCUGACAGUCUUGCUAAGGAAAACCAAGAUUUCUUUAAUGAUUUGGAUGCACUGAUGGGACCUAUCACCUUACACAGCAGUAUGGAACACCUCGUUCAAUACACGCAACAAGGACUCCACUGGAUAAGAAGUAGUGCUCAGUUGUCAUAAUAACUGUGCUAUUCAUCUGGACACUAGACUCUCCUACAGACAAUUCAGUUAUUCUAGACACUGUGCUACAGAAUUACGCAACCACAGCAUUGCUUCAAACAAAUGUGAAUAUUUCUUUUAACACUGAACAAUAUUUUUUCAGAGUGCAGAAAUAGCUGUGUCUGUAUAUUAUGCAAUGUUUGUCUCUUCUGAUGUAUUAUACUUUAAUAGUCUCCAAAUAUCACUUCUGUACAGAAGAAAACUAAACAUACAUGUGUUAGAGCAAACUCUGUCACUUAUAUACAAACCCACACAUACACACACACAAUGCCCCACUUUAUGGAUUGAUUUAUUGAAGUAAAAUAAAACAGAGCAUCUUAGUCCAAAAAAGCAUAUUCUAUGUGUCUUUCAGUAUCUUCAUAAAUAUCUGCUUAGCUUUUCUUACAAGUUACGGUUUCACGAAUUAGGCUGAAUGCAGUUUCACU